CUAGAGGCCAUCUCUGACUGCUCAGCUCAGAAUUUCCUGUGACUCCCAUUUCAGCUACGCCUUUUCCUCUUUCCAUCUAAAAAUCUCAGAAAUUAUUGGUGCUGUUGACUGGUGAACGUGGGAAAGCCUCAGCAAAAAGCAGACCUAAUACUGAAACAAGAGUGGGAAAAGGGAGCCAGGAACCAUUAAUAAAACGUGAGCUUGAGGAAAGUACGCCAUGCUGUGAGACCCAACAAGGAUUAAAGGAUGGAAAAAUAAUAUGAAGCGUGUCCCUGGAAACUCGUGUGCUGUUUACAAGCUCUACACUAACGAACCCAGGAAAUAUUGCCUCAAACAUGUUCAAUGGAAUGUUGAUAUUUUGGUAGGAGUGGAAAACUUUCCUGCAAAAGGGAAAAAGGAACAAACAGACUGGAUCUUUCCUCUUCUGACUGAAGAAAAUGUGUUUGCGUUUGUUUCUACCUUUUGUGUUCUUUUUCUCCUUGCUUUUAGUCAAAACUGGAGCAGUUCUUGAUGUGACAUUGGUGUCAUUAGGAUCCCGUACAGCAGACUUUUCCUUGCGGUGUGUGACAGGGGAGAGAGAUAUGAAUGGCUCAGACCUGCAUAUAAGACGAGAUAACAGUAUUGUACGUACUACACCCAAAACACAAUUUAAAACUGCCAUGGGUUUGAAUCAUGUGCACGCUCAUGGAUUUUCAGUCAGUGAACUAGUUGGGGUCCUCAUCUGUGCUGGAAAAGGGCCUGCUGAGCAGACUGAAAUACUUUAUGUGUAUAACAGCCCAAAAGCUGAUCUGAUUCCAGUCAAAGUUACAGUGACAGUAAGUGUGAACAGUGAUGUAACACUGGAAGCUAAGAUCAAUGGGAACAAACUUGCAGACAUCUUGUGGAAAUACAAUGGAACCAUGUUUCGCACUACCUACAAAGGGGAAGUGACUGAUAAAACUGCCCAACUGAACAUGCAGGCAGUGAAAGUAUCUCAUGCAGGGAUUUACAGUGCUGGUUUCAUGGGAGCAAGCCCACUUGAAAAUGCUUUCUUUCGGCUCAUUGUCAGAGCUUGUCCAGAUAAUAAAUGGGGUCCGUCCUGUCAAAAGGACUGUCGUGAGUGUUUAAAUGGAGGAAUAUGUCAUGACAGCAGUGGAGAGUGUAUCUGUGCUCCAGGUUUCAUGGGAACACGAUGUGAGAAGGCCUGCAGAGAAGGAAACUUUGGCAGAAACUGUCAGGAAACAUGUAAAGGGGAGCACGGCUGCAAAGGGCGUACCUUCUGUCUUCCAGAUCCGUACGGCUGCUCCUGUGGCAGUGGCUGGACAGGUUCACUUUGCCAGACAUCUUGUCCUCCUGAAACAUAUGGUGCAAAUUGUGCCCUACAUUGCCAGUGUAAAAAUGGUGGUUCUUGCAACAGUUUUAGUGGCUGUGUAUGCCCUUCAGGAUGGCAUGGACAGCACUGUGAGAAAUCAGACAGGAUCCCCCAGAUUAUAGAUCUUCCAACUGCAGUUGAGUUUAACUUGAAUUCCACUGCCGUAAUAACCUGUGCAUCAUCUGGCAACCCUCAGCCCACCCGUGAGAGCAUUGAGCUUCGCCGUCCUGAUGGCUCUGUAUUGGCUGCUAGUAAAGCAGUGUUAGAUCGGGAGCGCAGUACGUGUGAGUUCACUGUGCAGUCACUUACUCUAACAGACAACGGGUUGUGGGAAUGUCGUGUAUCCACUACUGGUGGGCAAGACAGUCGCAAGUUCCAAGUUUAUGUUAAAGUGCCACCUCUGCCUAUAGAGCCGCCACUUUUGCUGGAUCGACGGAGUCAACAGCUGACCCUUGCUCCAUGGCGCACUUUUUAUGGUGAUGGACCCAUCAUAUUAAUCAAAUUACUUUACAAGCCUAGGGAUAGCGAUUCUCCAUGGGAGCAUAUUGUAGUGAAACAGAAAGAAAAUAUCACUCUGCAGAAACUGAAACCUGUAACCAGUUAUUUGAUAAGAGCACAGUUGAGCCGUCCAGGUCCAGGAGGAGAAGGCUCAUUAGGGCCAUUGGCAGUCAUAGAGACUGACUGCCAAGAGCCAACAGUGAAACCAGUCAUUAAGGGGCAUGCAGUGGAAGAUAGAAACACAUUGUACAUCAGCUGGAACCUGCCUUCAAGUUCGGUUAUUGGCAAUGGCUUCCUGUUGCAAAUUUAUCAUCCAGAAAAACAUCUCAUUCGACAGGAGAAUAUCACAUCUAUGAAUGUGCUGUCUAGAAAAGUGUAUGGACUCAGUGCCAACAAAGAAUACACUUUGAGGGUCCUCAUAUACCACUGCAGUAAUCUAGGACCUCCUUCAGAUCCUUUUGUGGUCACCAUCAACAGCAAGGGUCCAUCUCGACCUAAGGACUUACGUGCUGAGGCUUUCUCCAGGGAUAGCAUAAAGCUAAGCUGGUUACCCCCUGAUGACCCCAAUGGUGGUAUCAUAAAGUAUACAGUUGAGAGCCAUCCAGUAGGGAUUCCUGGGGAGCCUCAGUGGGCAGACACUGAAAGCCAGAAUCAAACUUGGCAUAUUAUCAGUGGCCUGAAUGCCAGCACUUUUUACCAGUUUCGAGUACGUGCAAAUUCAAGGGUACCUGGGGACUGGAGCCAUUCUGUGCAAACGACAACUCACAGCGUGGAGAUAGGGAGUCAACCACCAAGCAUGGAGAGCCGGAACCCUCGUCCUUCUGGAGCAGGUCACCAACUCAUCCUGGCCAUAAUUGGCUCAGUGUCAAUCACAUGCUUCACUAUCAUCCUUGCCCUGCUUGCUCUCUUCUGUAUUAAAAAGAAUUUUUUCCACCGCAGAAGAAUGUUCACCUACCAGUCGGGAUCAGGAGAGGAAACCAUUUUGCAGUUCAAUUCUGGAACACUGACCCUCAGCCGUCGCCCAAGGCCUCAGAUAGAGCCUUUCUCGUAUCCUGUUUUGGAGUGGGAGGACAUCAAAUUUGAGGAUGUAAUCGGAGAGGGGAAUUUUGGUCAAGUCAUUAAAGCCAUGAUUAAAAAGGAUGGACAGAAGAUAAAUGCAGCUGUCAAAAUGCUGAAAGAAUUUGCAUCUGAAAAUGAUCACAGAGACUUUGCAGGGGAACUGGAAGUCUUAUGCAAACUGGGUCAUCAUCCUAAUAUCAUCAACCUUCUGGGAGCCUGUGAGAACAGAGGUUACCUCUAUAUUGCUAUUGAGUAUGCGCCUUAUGGGAACCUCCUUGACUUCUUACGGAAGAGUCGAGUUCUUGAGACAGAUCCUGUAUUUGCCAAGGAGCAUGGGACUGCUUCCACACUUACUUCCCAACAAUUACUGCAGUUUGCCUCUGAUGUAGCAAAAGGAAUGCAGUACCUUAGCGAAAAACAGUUUAUUCACAGAGAUCUGGCUGCCAGAAAUGUUCUUGUUGGGGAGAAUUUUGUGACAAAGAUUGCAGAUUUUGGACUUUCAAGAGGGGAGGAGGUGUACGUGAAGAAAACGAUGGGACGUCUGCCAGUUCGUUGGAUGGCCAUUGAAUCCCUCAAUUACAGUGUGUAUACUACAAAAAGUGAUGUUUGGUCCUUUGGGGUUCUUCUCUGGGAGAUUGUAAGUUUAGGUGGAACCCCCUAUUGUGGAAUGACUUGUGCAGAACUGUAUGAGAAUCUUCCUCAGGGAUACAGAAUGGAGAAACCAAGGAACUGUGAUGAUGAAGUGUAUGAACUGAUGAGGCAAUGCUGGAGAGACCGUCCAUAUGAAAGACCUACAUUCAGCCAAAUAUCAAUACAGCUUACCCGCAUGCUAGAUGCCAGAAAGGCAUAUGUAAACAUGGCACUAUUUGAGAAUUUUACUUAUGCUGGAAUUGAUGCCACAGCAGAAGAAUAAUAAUCUACAAUAUGUGGAAAAUGAUGGCAGAUAUAGACUGAAUCUUCACCCACUGUGUGGUGGAUUGUACAGUACAACAAAGCUCAUGGCAGGAUUCACAGGCUUUUGUUGUGAUCUUACUAUAAUGUCACUUUACUAGGGCUGUGCACUCAGAAAGCAAGACCAUCUCAAUUGUAACAGUCCAUAUCUCUUUGUAAGUGUGUCUAUUAAACGUGUGAGUGUCUGUAAUUGUGUGAUAAGUGUGUGUGGCUAUCCCUCCUGUACAGCUCAACACUGCCACAGACAACAAGGUUUAUAUUGUACAAACUCUUGAUUGGUCUUUUUUAAACCCCUCCUCCCUUUCUCCUCAUGUACAGACAUCAAGUAAAUUUCAGCGCUACUUAUUCGUGUUGUACUAAUUGUAUGAAUAAAGUGAAUUUCUCUUUGUA